AUCCCACAAGACUGCCAGCAUGUUGUUUCCAAUGCUGAUGGCGUUUCUGAUUGCGCCUGUUUUGGGUGCGGAUCCUUUCACCACCAGAGACGAAUUGCGGUCGGCAGCCAGAAAAUGGACGAACAAAGCUGAAAGGCAGGAUGUGGAGAAAAAACAUGGGAAGAUUGCUCAAUGGGAUGUUUCUUCUAUCUCGGACAUGAGUGGGAUAUUUGAAGGACUUGAAGACUUCAACGAAUCGAUCGGCUCAUGGAAUACAUCUGCUGCAACCAACAUGAGUAUGAUGUUCUUGAAUGCCAGGGCUUUCAACCGGUCCAUCGGACGCUGGAAUACUUCUGGCGUCAGAGACAUGAGUUUGAUGUUCUACAAUGCUUCAAAUUUCAAUCAGGAUAUUUCAUCCUGGGAUACUUCCAAUGUCCUUGAUAUGUGUCAGAUGUUCUGCUCUGCCAAGACUUUCAACCAGCCCAUCGGAAGGUGGGACACUUCCAGUGUGAGGGACAUGAAUGAGAUGUUCGCCUAUGCUGCAGCUUUCAAUCAGCCCAUUGGAAAAUGGACCACUUCCAAAGUCACCACUAUGCGUCAGAUGUUUCGUCUCGCCGAGGCCUUUAAUCAGCACAUCGGCUACUGGAAUACUUCCAGUGUCAAAGACAUGAUGGGGAUGUUCUUCCGUGCUUUUGCAUUCAAUCAGCCCAUUGGAAAAUGGAAUACUUCCAACGUCCGAGACAUGAGUCAGAUGUUCCUUUCGGCUUCGGUUUUCAACCAGGACAUUAGUGGAUGGAAAACUUCCAGUGUUACUGAUAUGAGUCGGAUGUUCUUUCAGUCCUAUGUCUUCAAUCAGUUCCUGUGGUUUUGGGACACUUCAAGAGUCACCGACAUGAGUGAGAUGUUCUAUGCUGCAGAGAAUUUCAACCAGCCCAUCAACAAAUGGAGCGUUUCGAGCGUUACCGACAUGAGAAGGAUGUUUGAAUAUGCUCAAGCUUUCGAUCGGCCGAUUGGCGAUUGGGACACUUCCAGUGUCCGCGACAUGAGUGGGAUGUUUGAACAUGCUCGAGCUUUCAAUCAGCCGAUUGGCUCCUGGGACACUUCCAGUGUCCGCGACAUGAGUGAGAUGUUCUCCUAUGCUAUGGCCUUCAACCAGGACAUUAGAGGAUGGAACACUUCCAGAGUUACUGAUAUGAGUAAGAUGUUCCACUUUGCUCUGGCCUUCAAUCAGCCCAUCGGACAGUGGGAUACUUCCAGUGUGACGGACAUGAGCACAAUGUUUCGAAAUGCGACAGCCUUCAAGCAGCAGUUGGUCUCUUGGGACACAUCGCAAGUAUGUGUGCGCCCUGAAAUGUUUCAGGGCGCCGAGAUCUUUGUGAAACCGCCCUGCCCAGCAGGACACUUCCCAGCGCAGAACCGCUUGGGCUGCGAACGCUGCCCUGCGGGGCGCUAUUCGGGUCAAGGAAAAGAGAGCUGUGAAAGCUGUCCAGCAAAUGCCGUCCCUUCACCAGAUCAAACUUCGUGUGAUGACUGUGACACCUAUCACUUUGCCAGCGAGAACGCCAUGACUUGUACAGCUUGCAACCCGCCCAUGAUGCUGAUAGAUGCAAAUUGUGUUUGGUGGCAUUUGCCUCUCUUGGCAGUGGUUGUGGCGGGUGUGCUUGUGGGAGCUCGAGUUUGGCUUUCUUAUCGGCGAGGGUGCAGGAAGAAGGAGAUUGAACAGAUCUUCAAGUUGUUGGAGACAGACUUUUGGGAUGGUGCUGCAAGUACAGCGCUUCGGCAUUGUACGAAUUUGCAGCGACUUGGAGUUCAUUGGGCCGAAGUGGAACGUCGAAUCGCGGCCAUUCGAAAAAAUCAGAGCGAAAAGGCAGGCGUCAGCAUGCGAUAUCUUCUGUCACCGGAAUUUCAGCAGUUGGCAAUACAACGUACUGGAAAGAGUGAUCCGACCUUCAUCGAGAUGCAAAGCAGCUUUUGGUUGGAAGACGCUCCGCUGGGCGGCAGCAUCAUUUGUCCCCGCGAUGGCCGACCAGGUUGUGCUUUGGUGGAUUGGAUCCACUGCGAUGAGCGCCGGGAACAAACCCACUUUUUGUCCUGGACCUGGAAAUAUCGCCUGCACCAGGUGACAAGUGCCUUGGGGAUGUACCGGAUGAAGACCUCUGCGAUCCCGGAGCAGGUCUUCUUCUUCAUGUGUUUCUUUGUCAACAACCAGUUCCGCAUCCUUCUGGAGCAGACACAGACGGGAAGCGCCGACCUUGAGACCGUCUUCGAACGCAACUUGAAACGUAUCGGACGCAUGGUGGCAAUCCUGGAUGGAUGGGAGAACCCCGUCUACUUCGAGAGAAUCUGGACGGUCUAUGAGCAGUUUGUUGCUUCAACCCUAGAUGUGCAGGUGUCCUUCGCGAUGCCACCGGCGUCGACCACGCAGAUGAAUGAGGAGAUCUAUCGUGGCAAGGUCGGCAUCAAGGCGGUAACCUGGUCACUGAGUCAGAUCGACUCGGCAAGUGCCAAGGCAUCGAAACCACAGGAUGAGGACUAUGUGAAGAGUUUGAUUGAUAGAGGCGUGGGAUUCGCGCACGUCGAUCACCACGUGACACAGGUGAUGGUGAAAUGGAUUGGGAAUGUGGUAGAGCGGCGAUUUCAGGAACUGGUCCAUGAUGCCCGACGGACAAGGAAUUUGACUCAGCUUUGCGCAAAUAUGCAGCUGGAGGAUUUGGACGAACAUGAUGAAAACAUGGUCGAGGCGGCAGAAUUCCUGUAACCGGCAACGGCAAGGUAAUGGCUCUUGAUUGGACCACUGGCUGUGGGAGUUGCUGGCAACGGGUUGGUUCAAGGGAAC